AUGGCAUUAAGUUGCGAUGUGAUAUCGAGACCUGCGCAGCAAAAUUUUACAUUCGACAACAUGCACAUCUCAGCGACGCAACAGGACCCGCAACAAUCUCAACAACAGCAGCAACAACAACAACAACUUCAACAGCAACUACAACAGCAGCAACAACAACAACAGUUAUCGCAUCAAGAGUCGCAACAACAACAGAAAAAUACUCAAUUGCCUCCACAACUACUACAAAAGUACCCGGAAUACCAACAUAACUUCCUGCAACAUCAUCAACAAAAUUUGCAGCAAUAUUACGCUUACCAUCGCCAACAACAACAACAACAACAUCAGCAACAACUGCAAAACUUCAACAAUUAUAACAAAAUCAACAACGACAUCAACAAUUUCAACAGCAGCAACAGCAACCACAGCAACCACAGCUUCGACGACCACAACGACAACGACGACAUCAACAACAACUGCACAAACGGAGACAACAGUAACAUGAACGUUGAUAGAUCGAAAAAUUCAAGUGAUUCAGACACUGAAACUGAGUCGAAUGAAAAAUCGAAACCAUUUGCAACAACAAACCAGCAACAACAACAACAGUCACAGCAGCAGCAACAACAACAUCACUUUAAAGCCCGUAACAAAGACAGAAGAAAACAACAAAAACCGGUUCGAAUGAAUGCUGUAGGAAAAAACAUUAACAACAACAACAACAACGACAAUAUCAACAACAACAACAACAACAACAGCAUCAACAACAACAACAACAGUCGAGAUGUUUUUGACGAGCAAGUAGUGUCUGAAAAUAACAGUUACUUGAAAGCUGACCUAGCCAAUGACAACACUAAAUUUUUAUUAGCAGGGUCAUGUGAUCGUGUAUACAACAACAACAACAACAAAAACAACAACAACGUCAUCGUUACUACUACUACUACCACCACCACUAACAACAACAACAACUAUUUGCCAUUGUCUCCAAAUUCAACAUCUGAAGACACGGUAGACGAGAAUGAUGACAACAACAACAACAAAAACAACACAUUCAAGAAAAAUCGUAAUAUUGUGAGUAACAACAACCAAUUCUACAACAACAACAAUACAAAACUCGCUAAAAACAACACCACCAACAACAACAACAACGACGAUGAUGACGAGCAUAUGAAUGUUGAUGAAGAUGAUGAAGAAGAAGAGGAUGUUAAUUCGCAACAAAACGGUAUGAUAAACAAAAAACAACAGCAACAACAGCAGCAGAUCAACAAUGAAGACUGCUUCCCAACACUUUAUCAUCAGCGCGGAAAAGAGCUACAUAGCGAAAAUACAUCAAACCCUUUACUGUCAAACAACAACAUCAACAACAACAACAACAUCAGCAACAACAACAACAAAAAUAGCUUUCAAAGGCAGAACAAAGAUGAUAUGAUGGAAGGUAUAAACGAUGAUGGCGAACAAAUGAACGACACUUUCAGUUCUUGCAACAGCAAAAAUUACAUCAACAACAACAAUUACGACAACGAAGACGAUUACGAUGACGAAGACGAUACUAAUGAAGGCAGUGACAAAACAAAUACAGGCCGAAAUGAUUCAGAACAAAAUUCACAAGUUGCCAAGCUUGCGACGCCAAGCAGCAACAACAACACUAACAACAACAUCGGCAACAUUGAUUUAAACAACUAUGUCAAUCAGUUCUUCAACCCAAACAACCCAAACAAUGACUUCCUAAAGAGCAACUACAUGCAGCAGAUGAUGACGUUUGGUGAAAAGGCACUUCUAGAAGGGGUACCUGCUCACCGUCGUCUCAACUUCGGCCCGACAUCUUCAGAAAAAUUUCCAUUCCAAGACAUGAAAUCAUCGAAAGUUUUUCAUAUGGACGCCUACUGUGAUCUUUGCGACAGAGAGUUCUGCAAUAAAUACUUCCUCAAGAGGCACAAAUCAAACAAACACGGCAUUGUUUUUGAUUCGAACGGAGCAGAAUCUCCUAAAAAUGAUUUGGCGGGAACUCCGAACAACAACACCAACAACAAUGCCAACAACCAAAUGAACAACAGCAGCAAAGCGUUUAGUGAUGCGUUCUUCGCCCAGAGAGCUCAAGAGAUUUUGAAGAGUAAAUAUGGAAUGAUGAUUCCGAGUCCGCUGGCAGGAAGCGAUUCAGAUAAUGAGGACGACGAAGAGAACGACGAGGAUGAAGAUGAUAGCAAUCCGUCAUCUAAAAAAUCAAAAUACAACAACGAGAAUGAGUCUGAAAAUAAUCCAAAAACGUUUUAUCCAACAGAUGCAUUCGCCAGCAAAAUGGAAGCAAAGAUGGUUCCACCAAUUCACGACAUCAAAGCAAUGGCCAACUUCAUGUUCAACCUCAACCCCUUCAUGGCUGCCAGUAUGGGUCUCUUCCCACCCGCUCUUUUUGCUCCAGCUGCUGGUGGAAAGCCAGUUUUCAUUGAGAAAGACAAAACUGAUGAAACGACAGCAGAUGAAAAAUCGUCGCCACCUCCUCUUGCUCUGCACCAGCAACUUCCUGCCCAGCUGCCGCAACAACCACAGCAACAGCAAUCGUUGCACCAGGAUCCGUUGAAACUUCUAAAAGACAUGAACUUCAUGAAUCCGGAUUUUUUGGCUGACAUGUACAGAAAAGAAAUGUACCAAAACUUUUUCAACAAAUCCAUUCGCCAUCUGCCAAACUCACCGUUUUUUACGAACAACUCGAACCCUAGCAGCAACAAUGGCAACGUUCUCAAUAAUGGAUACGCUGGUCUUAAAAGUUCCAUGUUGGAUGGCUUCUUUGAGAAGAACUUCAACAGCAGCUCGAACGCUGACUUCAACAAAUUUGGUCAAAAGAUGAUCAACAAUGGCGAAUUUGAAUGCGAUGUAUGCAAAAAAAUUCUGCCCAACCGUCAUUCUCUUUCUUUGCAUCUAGUCACCGCCCAUAAUAUUUUCAGACCGCUGAUACCCAAUCAGAACGAUUUUAGUGGCGAUCCUCUGACCAAUAGCAACCCUUCAUCAAAUGUUGGGCUUGUGAUUGGUGGAAAGAACAGACUGGGUACGAGAACAGCUGGAGAUGCUGGUCACACACCUUCGUCCAAACUGGUAGACCGCGUUCAGUGCGACAUCUGCCAAAAAGAAGUGUGCAACAAAUACUUUCUAAAGACCCACAAAGUCAAAGUUCACGGAAUCGACCCUGCCACUUUGGAGCAACAUGAUGAAAGAACGUCACAUUCAAAGCAGCAUAACAACAAUAGUAACAGCAACAACACUAACAACAACACUAAUAAUAUUUUAUCUAAUAACACUAGUCAAAACAACAACAACAUCAGCAACAACAACAACAACAACAUGAACAGCAUCAACAACAACAGCUACAACACCUCGCAACAAAUGCCUAUCAACUUUUCAACAGAUCAGAAAAACAAUAACAACCACGACAACAACAACAACAAUUCCCCGCAACAACAACAUGUUGAAAAACCUCGUGAAGAAGAAUUGUUGCAGAUGGGGAUAGACCCUGAAGCGUACUGCGAAAUAUGCAAGAAGGAGUUCUGCAACAAAUACUUCUUAAAAACUCACAGACAAAACAUUCACGGUAUCAAAACGACUACAUCUUCAGCUACGACAACAUCGUCAUCAUCUUCUUUUUUAUCUAACAACAACAACAGCACAAACAACAACAAUUAUAGCCUCCCUCUUGAGCCUGAGAACCUGUCAACCAUGGACAACAACAAUUUUGACAACAAUCUUGACAACAACAACAACACUUCUGACAACAACAACAAUCUUGACAACAAUGACAACAACAACAACAUUUCUAACAACAACAACAACAACUUUGACAACGACAAUAGCGGCCAAAACAGCAACAACGAUGAUGAGAGUUCUCCAAACAAAAUGGACGUAUUCUCUCCAUCCUCAAAAAACAACCUAAACCCAUUUCAACAAAAUAUUUCAACAACAGCAACAACAACCGCAGCAGCAACAACAAAUCAGAUCAUCACAGCAAAAACAUGGCACGUGCCAAAGACAGCAGAUUUUGUCAAGAGUGAGAAACAGGAACUUAUGAAAAAUACUUCUCCAGCUACAAAUCUCAACGAACUUUUGCCAAAUGCUGCUACUAAUUCAUCAUUUGAACAACCACUACAACAACAGCAACAACAACAAGCUUGCUUAUACAAAUGUGACCAAUGCAUCAAAUCAUUUGAAUCAGCCAUGAUGUUCCAUCAGCAUCUUAUUCUAGAGCACAGCAACAACAAUAGCAACAACAGCAACAUUGAAAAUAUUGAAGACGACGACGACAAAAACGACGAAACGUGCGACGCGAAAGCUGCCAACGAAGCCACCAACAACGACGACAACAGCAACAACAACAACAACGCAACUAACAACAACACAAUCAAAAACAACACAAACGCAUUUUCUUCGCAACAACAGUUUAAAAAUGAACAAAUCAACAACAUUUACAACAACAGCAGUCCAUACAAUUAUUUAAACCCAUACCUCAGCCAUCAGUUGCAUCAUCUUCAGCAAAAACAAUUCAUCUACGCACAGCCAAUCAAAACCUCGAACAACAUCAACAACACAACGACAGCCAAUCAGGAAGAAGGUAACAAAGUCAAAGGUAGCGAUGGUGUAACCAUGCAAGCGUUCCUAUUGGCUGAAUCAGGAGACCCAACCCACUUUGCAACAUCAUUGGUCUAUUUGCCGACACUGCAAAAGAUAUCCAAGCCUGUCGUCGUUACCUUUUCGCUAACGCCUGUCACUCAAUCUCAUUAA